AAUAUAGUCAUGAUUAGUGAAAAAAUAAUUCUACAAAGCAACUAUUUUGCUAAUAAUGUAUGAUUCAUAUAAAUAGCUUAGUAAUAAACGGUAGGAGAUACGAUUGGUAAUUAUUACUAUGAAAAAAAGAGAACGAUUAGACGUGAGAUGCGUCAGAUGUGACAUUUUUUACUGUUUGAAUAUUCGCGCUAUCGAAGCGCCAUCUUUCAUGCUAUCGUUUAUACGCCAAUUAGAAGCAACUAUUCAGUCAGUUGCUAUAGUUGUAAAUAAAUCUUUCUGUGAGAGUCGUAGUUGUGAAGUUGUAAUUAACAAUGCAUAAUUACAAUAUUUGACGUUUGUAAAUUAGAUUAAUUUAUUUUAAUGUUAUGCAUUUUUAACAUGAAAUAACAAUUAUGGUAGGAAUAAUACUAAUCUGAUUUGAAUUGUAAUACUGUUUUUUAUGUACGAAAUAUGUUAUGAGUUGUUGUUAAUUCUUUAAGAUUUUUAUAAGUCAUAUGUCUAAAAAGAGUAUUAAUUAAUGAUUAUCUCGGUGUGCAUUUCAUAUAUUGUGUGUAAUAUGUACAGACCAUGUUAUGUACAUAUUUAUGAAUGAUAUUUUUCUUUUGAUUUCCAAUUUUUUUACAUUUACACGAUUAAUUAAAUUUAUGAGCUUCAAAUGAGUCAUAUUGUAAUACUGUAGACAAAAAAUAUUAAUCAUGUCUAUAGAAUCAGUAACUAAUUUAUAUUCUGAGGAAGACUUCGAUGACCACAUCAUCGUACCGACAACAAAGAUGAAGCGAUCUUCUAUAAAAUUUAUUAUAAUCCUUAUUAUUGGUCUGAUAUUAAUAUUGCUUGGGGCAAUUGCAGCAGCAUUUUGGUCUUCCAUUUUUAAUUGGUUCUUAUUACGAGAACUAACAUUGACGCCAACUUCGACUAUUUAUAAUCUUUGGAAGGAAACACCUAUACCAAUGUAUCUCAAAUUUUAUUUUUUCAAUUGGAUUAAUCCUGAUGUCUUUAAUCAUCCUCUCAAUGAAAAGCCAGAACUUGUUGAAAUGGGACCAUAUGUGUUUAGAGAAGUUGACUACAAAAUAAACCAAGUCUGGAAUGACAAUGGAACUGUAACAUUUCAAAGGAGAAAAGUAUGGUAUUUUGAUGAAAAUUUAUCUAAUGGAAAAUUGACAGAUAAAGUAACUAAUUUAGAUCCAGUUGUGGUAACAAUGGGACAAAUGAUGACAAAUAAAUCGAAAUUAGUGCGUGAAAUUGCUAAUAAAUUAAUAAUGAGUUUAGGAAGAGGUUUAACAAUGACAAAAUCUGUUGGUGAACUCCUAUUUGAUGGUUAUAAGGAUGAGUUACUUGUUAUAGCAAAAAAGUUUAACAUAUCAAUUAUACCCUUUACUAAAUUUGGCUGGUUUUAUGAGAGAAAUAAUUCAGACACUUUUGAUGGAACAUUUAAUAUGUUAACUGGAGCAAAUAAUAUAUUUGAAAUGGGAAUUGUUAAAGAGUGGAAUUUUAAAAAUAAAACAAAUUAUUAUAAAAAUUCUUGUGCGAUAAUAGGUGGUACAAAUGGAGAUUUGUGGCCACCUCUGAAGAAUAAUAAAACUGCAGAUAUAUUUAUACCUGACAUUUGCACGUAUGUAAGAUUGACAUAUCAAAAUGAAUCUCUAUACCAAGGCUUAGAAGGUAGUAAAUUUAUUUCCGAUGCAACUAUGUUAGAUAAUGGCGAUAAAGUAAAGUCACGAAAAUGUUAUUGCAUGAGUGAAAAAUGUGAACCAUCUGGAAUAUUAAAUGUGGCAAAAUGUAAAUAUGGAGCACCAGCAUUUAUUAGUUUGCCACAUUUUUAUUUAGCAGACAGUAGUUAUGGAAAUGCAGUAAAAGGAUUGAAACCUACUAGAGAAAAGCAUGAGACGUUUGUAACUAUUGAACCAAAAACUGGUGUACCAUUGCAAGUGAAAGCACAGUUACAAUUAAAUCUUAUGGUGGACUCAAUCAAUGGAAUGAGUAUAUUUAAACAUGUACGUAAAACAUACAUGCCUAUGAUGUGGUUUACACAAGAAGCUAAUUUAAAUCCUUAUUAUGCUAGUAAAGUUAAAUUUUUAUUGACAUUACCAACAUUGGGACUUGUUACUUGUUUUGGUAUUGCUGGUAUAGGAAUCUUAAUAAGUUGCAUUGGUGUUUUUACUUUUAUUCAUCAAAGAUGGUACGCAGAAGAAAACCAAGUACUAUUAUCUAGAAAUGAUACGAAUCAUGUCGAUAGAAUCGAUGAAUGAUCAACAUUUUAUUAGAAAUAGACAUAGUAAAAGUAUUAAAGCUAUAAUUUAGCUUUAUUUUGUAUGCACGAAAGCAUAUUUUUACUGCCAACACUGUUUUAUAUAUUAUAAUAGUUUUAUAUCUCUGAUUUAUGGCUACAACAGUGAUUUAAAAGUUUUCAUAUGCUUACCUAUAUGAAUUGUUAAUUAUAAAAUGUUAAAACGUUAAAAUCUUUAGAGCGAUAAUGAAGUGCCUAUUAUUAAACUAUAAAAAUAUAUUCAGAGAAUAUAUGAUUACUAAAGACUAUAUUGAUGCAAUGUAAAAUGUUAGUUAGUUGGUAUAUAAAAAUAUAUAUAUAUAUAUAUCAGAAGUAAUACAGAGAUAUAGAAAUUAUGAAAAUAGAUAUUAUAACGUUUAGAAAUUAAAAAAUCAUGAUUAAAUUAUCUAUGAGAAAUUUAUUAUAAGCGCAGUACACUUUGGUGCUUCAGUCACCGUAAUAUCUGUGAUAAACAGCAAGUGUGCUUUUAAUGUUUAUAUGCAAGAGUUUAAUUAAAAAUAUAAAGAGAGCUGUUUUAUAGUAUUAUGUGUUUACUUAAUAAAAUAAUAAUUCUUCGUAAAAUAA